GUCAACACCUCGCGAGCAGACUUGGAUGCUAUUGCCCGACCUGUGUGGCCGGCAACGUCGCUGCGGGCGAUCUGUGGCCAUGACUUCGACGUUGCAAAGAUUCGGCGGCGUUUGCUUGGCGCAUUCGCCCUGGAGCUCCAAGAGUUCUUUCUCGGUGGCUUUGCCAGUCUGCGAGAUCGAGUGAACGGCUUCGAGGUCCUACUAGGCAGUGAGGUUUGGUUUCGAGUCCACGAGUCAGAAGAGCCGGUCCGUUGCAUCUUCGAGGGCAUCCAGGAGGAUGGGCUCAUUCUGCUGCGGCUGGACUGUGGGGAGCUGAAGGCGUUUCCUUCUGGCGAGCUUGUCCCGGGCCCGGGCGCCGCCAAGCGAGACGCGAGCUGA